UGGAAACGACAGGCUGUGGUCUAUCUUGGUUUAGUUAUAGAAAUAUUUGCUCUCCCUCGAGCGGGUAUCAUCAGCGUCUAGGCUCGAGACUAGUUAGUUAUAGUAGUACCCCCACCGAAACAGAUGACUGUUGCAUAGGCCUACAUGACCUAAUGAGAUGUUGGACUCAGAAGACUGCACUUUAUCCCUGGAUAACCUCUUCUUUGAGAGGCCAGUUGUCCACAAAGUAAAGCCACUUUGUCAAGAGCAGAGUUCUUGGCAGUUGGAACCCCCUCUGUCCCUCUCCCAGAUCCCAGCCACUCAGGACAUCCAGAAAGAGGCAGAGGGUCUUUCAUCAUUCAGUUUCUCUCAGAAGUCCAACAAAUUCCUUCCCCCUUUGAAAAGAGCAGCUGACGGUGAUGGUUUCACUCCCAAGAAUAACAAAUUAAAUCAGAAUACCAGUGAUGGAAGAAAAGAACCUGAGGCACAGGGCUGGUGUGCCCUUUGGGCUCGGGAAGACUUCAUGAAUAAAUCCCAGGAUACCAAAAAGGUUAGAGGUCAAACUAAAACCCCACAUGAGUCUGGUCAUGCACUGGAGCAGAAACAUUUCCCUCUGGAGUUCAGCCAAAGCCCACCUCUACGGAGAAGUUUGUUCAAACCUCCCAGUGGUCAGGUGUUGAACAGCAGCGCAAACUCAAACAGAGGCCUCAACCAGGCACGACCCGGAGUGCAGCAAACCUUCGACCAGGUUUCUAUGGCGACAGAGCCUCGGCUGGCAAAGCAGUCGGCAGCAGGCUCCGGCCCCCUCACCGAUCUGGGCCCGCCUAAAGCCCGGGGACCACCACAGAAGACACAGGACAAGGGCACCAAGAGGGCUCAUGUUCUCCCCAUGACACCCCAACCCCUUCACAUACAAAAUACUUCUGGGCCUGGGAUACUCCGACCAAUCUCUGAAAUCCCUGCUAAAUUUAGAUCGGUCUUCAAAGAGUUCCCUUACUUCAACUACGUUCAAUCAAAAGCCCUAGAUGACGUUCUAUACACGGGUAAGAACUUUGUGGCUUGUGCUCCUACGGGCUCUGGUAAGACUGUGCUUUUUGAGUUGGCCAUCAUCCGCCUACUGAUGGAGACCACAGAGCCCUGGAGAAACGUCAAAGCUGUGUACAUGGCCCCCAUCAAAGCUCUAUGCAGCCAGCGCUUUGAGGACUGGAAGAACAAAUUUGGGCCUCUGGGCCUGAGCUGCAAGGAGCUGACUGGAGACACAGAGAUCGACGACUUCUUUGAGAUUCAAGACGCCAAUAUCAUCAUGACCACACCUGAAAAAUGGGACAGCAUGACGAGGAAGUGGAGGGAUAACUGCCUGCUGCAGUUGGUCCGGCUUUUCCUUAUUGAUGAGGUGCACGUGGUGAAGGACCCUAUGCGCGGAGCCACACUAGAGGUGGUGGUGAGCAGGAUGAAGGCGGUGAGAGCAGAGAACCCUCAGGAGGACGUCUCCAUGAGAUUUGUGGCCGUCUCCGCCACCAUCCCCAAUACCAAGGAUAUAGCAGACUGGCUGUGUGACGACAGAGACCCUGCUACUUGUCUGGAGAUGGAUGAGAGUCACAGACCGGUAAAACUGAGGAAAGUAGUGCUGGGUUUCCCCUGCAACAGCAACCAGACUGAGUUCAAGUUCGACCUGUCACUCAACUACAAGAUGGCCAACAUCAUCCAGACCUACUCGGACCAGAAACCAACACUUGUUUUUUGUUCAACAAGGAAAGGAGUCCAGCAGUCGGCCACUGUUCUGGCCAAGGAUGCCAGGUUCAUCAUGAGUAUUGAGCACAAACAAAGGUUGGUGAAUUAUGCAAACUCUCUCCUGGACUCCAAACUCAGAGACUUGGUGUCGUUUGGAGUUGGUUUCCACCACGCCGGAGUUGACGUGUCAGACAGGAAGCGAAUCGAGGAGGCCUUCAACAUGGGAGACCUGCCUGUGCUGUUUACAACUAGUACUCUGGCGAUGGGGGUGAACCUGCCAGCCCACCUGGUGGUAAUCAAGUCCACCACGCACUACAUCGGGGGCGCCUGUGAGGAGUACAGCGAGGCCGACAUGCUGCAGAUGAUUGGCCGAGCAGGCCGGCCACAGUUUGAUACAUCAGCGACCGCAGUGAUCAUGACCAAGACUCAAACCAAAGACAAGUACAUGCAGUUCAUGAAUGGAGCGGAAAUCAUCGAAAGCAGCCUGCAUACCCACCUGGUGGAGCACCUGAACGCUGAGAUUGUCCUCCACACCAUUUCAGACGUCAACAUGGCCCUGGACUGGAUCCGCUCCAGCUUCCUCUACAUCCGAGCUCUGAAGAACCCCAGACACUAUGGCUUUUCCAUUGACUUGGACCGAUGUGGAAUCGAAGCCAAAUUGCAAGAGCUCUGUCUGAAGAACUUGAAUUCCCUGGCCUCCAUUGGUCUGAUCUCCAUGGAUGAGGACGUUAACAUCAAAGCUACAGAGGCAGGCAGGCUGAUGGCAAGGUACUGUGUUGCGUUUGACACCAUGAAGCAGUUCAGCAAGGUGACAGGCACUGAGACCUUACCUGAGCUGAUAGAAUUGAUGGCGAAGGGCAGAGAGUUCACUGACGUGCAGCUGAGAGUGAACGAGAAGAGAACCCUGAACACGUUGAACAAGGACAAGAACAGGAUCACUAUCAGGUAUCCCAUGGAGGGAAAGAUCAAAAACAAUGAGAUGAAGGUGAACUGUUUGAUUCAAGCCCAGUUUGGCUCCAUUCCAAUCCAAGAGUUUGGACUUGCACAGGACACAGGGAGAAUCUUCAGAAAUGGAGUCCGAAUCAGCAGAUGCUUGGCAGAGUUCCUGAACCAGCGCUCCAAGACAGACUUCUCUGCUCUACUCAACUCCCUGAUACUGGCCAAGUGCUUCAGGGCCAAGCUGUGGGAGGACUCUCCUUACGUCUCAAAGCAGCUGGAGAAAAUAGGGUUGUCUCUGUCGACGGCCAUGGUGAACGCUGGGCUCACCACCUUCAACAAGAUAGAGCAGACCAACGGCAGGGAACUGGAGCUGAUUGUCAACAGACAUCCUCCGUUUGGAAACCAAAUCAGAGACGCUGUCAUGAAUCUACCCAAGUAUGAAGUUAGUUUGGAGCAGCUUCCAAGAUACAACAUCGCCAGCGCAGAGAUUGUGGUGACCGUGAAUGUGAAAAACCACGAACAGCUACUGUCAAAGAGAACCACUCAUGACCACCACUAUGUCACAAUGAUCAUCGGGGACUGUGACAACAACGUGGUCUUCCUGCAAAAACUCACAGACUUGAUGCUGUUGAAGUCGGGAAACUGGUCAAAGAAGAUCGAAGUGGCGAAAGCCUUCAAAGGAGAGGAGAUCAGCGUGAAUCUAAUCAGCUCAGAAUACGUGGGGUUGGACAUUCAGCAGAAGUUUAGUGCCUUCUACUCUGGACCAAAGAGGUACGGAGGUGAAUCAUUCACACCUGAGCAACAUGACACGGUGCACAUAGCACAGGCUAACGCUCAGAGAUCACAGGGUGCAACACAGAGAACACAGCCAACAGGUCAGCAAACACAGGCUACGGCACAGAAGAGAAACUCCACAUCCACAGAAAAGGUUCCAGGCAAAAGACAAUGUAACCACUUCUGCAAAAACAAGGAUCAGUGUGGCCACGACUGCUGUCAAAAUGGAGUGCCGGUGGUUCUGAAGAGGCCUAUGAAUCAGCAUUCGAGUUUCUCCUCCUACCUCCAAGACCUGAAGACCAGGAGUGACACACUGACAGAGACUCCAGUCAAACGCCUCAAAAUGAGAAUGAGUGGUAGGACUGGGGCUACAAACAUUCAGCACUUAUCUUAUACGCCUGCUGCUUGCAGGUUUGUAGGUAAUCAUUAUGGCGCUUCAACAAUACAACAGAGUGUGGAAUCAGCUGAGGACUUUGCAACGCCCCAAGAGAUGGCAUAUCUUGAGAACUAUGACCAUGAGUAUAAUGACUACCUGGAAGACAUAUAUCAGACAAUGGGAGAAGAGGAACCACCACCUAUUCAAACCCCUACAGAGUCACAAAGCACUUCAAUGUGGAGGAAACCCAGUGCAUACAACGGAGGGUCACUCAGCCACAGCACCCCCCAAAGCCAGGGCAUGGGUUACUCCCAAAGCCACAGCACUACUCAAAGCCAGAGCACGGGUUACCCACAGAGCCACAGCACCCCCCAAAGCCAGGGCAUGGGUUACUCCCAAAGCCACAGCACCCACCAAAGCCAGGGCAUGGGUUACUCCCAAAGCCAGAGCAUGGGUUACCCACAGAGCCACAGCACCCCCCAAACCCAUAGCAUGGGUUACCCCCAAAGUCAUUUUCCCCUUCAAAACCAGAGUAGGGAGGAAACCCAGAGUCACAAUACCCCCCAAAGCCAGACUAGCAGUUACAGCACUCCCCAAAGCCAGAGCAGGAGUUACUCUCCGAGUCCCAUCGUAGACUUGACCGAUGACAGUGGCUUCCUCUCGUCGUCACACACCCCCAGUGUGACCUUUGACCUGGGAGACGAAUGGGAUGAUUUUGACGACGACAACUUAGUUCACGCCAGUGAGACAUCAUGCACCACUGUAGCUAACACUCAGGGGAUUGACCGUGACAAGCUGAAAGGUCACUCAACACCACUACCAUCCACUUAUGUACAACCCAAACCCCGCUUCACUGUGUCCAGUGCCCCACUCAGGUCAACCUCCCCAGUUAUUCCUCAGAUAGCAGUUGCUAGUCUCUCAGUCAGACCACAUAACCUCCAGGCUUCUGCUCCCUGGAGCCACUCUGACAACAAGGCCACAAGGACAUUCAGUGAACCCUCUGUGAAAGCACCCUCCUUCCCAAAACAGACUGAUACAAGCAUGGCUCCGCUGGGAGGACAGUUUGAUUUCUUCUCAAAGACAACUACCCCAAACAAUGACAAUGCGACUGGCAAAAGGCUCCAGGGAGAGGACAACAGCAAGGAAGUGGAUGCAUUCAUGGAUGGGAAGAGUGUCAAAGAAGCACAGGCCGCUGCAGAGGAAGCAAGAAGGAGAGAGGCAGUGAGGGAGACCCUGAGAGAGAAGCUGGAUCUGGAGAAGAGGGCUCUGCAGGUGGUGGAGCGUCUCUUGGAGGACAGCGUAGCAGACGACUUCCUGGUUGACUGUGCAAGGUUAAUCACUGCUGCCAAUUACAAAGACACAGUUGAGGAGAGGUCCAUUGUGAAGCUGUGCGGUUAUCCUGUCUGUUCAAACAAACUGGGCAAGGUCUCCACUCAACAGUUCAAAAUUUCCACCAAAACCAAUAAAGUCUAUGACAUCACGGAACGCAAGAGCUUCUGCAGUAACUUCUGCUACAAAGCCUCCAAGUCCUUUGAGCUGCAGAUAUCAAAGAGCCCUCUGUGGCUGAGGCAGCACGAGAGCCCCCCAGAUGUGAAAUUAAUGAAGAAAGGAGAUGGCGGUAGCACCGGAGAGGAGGUGAGGCUGGCUGAGAGGCGUCUCAGAGAGGACGAUGUGGAGAACCCCCUUCCCUUGGACUCUGUGUCCCCCGAGGCCCCAGAGGACCCCAGGCGCUCCCCUACAGCCGGCCACAGCGACGACAGCGACGCAGAACACGACUUUGUCUCAAGCGUGGUCUCCCAGCGACGGGGACCCAGGGUGCACUGGGGCGAUCUGCCCAAGCGCACCGCCGAAGGGGAGGGUAGGGAACCUGGAGAGGGGGAGGACAGGGAGAGAAGGUCGGGAGGGAAGGACACAACGGUGCCCAAGCAAAUACAAACAAACGAGGCGGAAGACAAGGAGGAGAAUACAGAAGAAUCACAGAACGCACAAAGGAAGCCAAGCAAUGGGACAGAUGGACGCCAACAGCACACCACAGAUACGAACCACCAGAGUGAGCAGCAAUCUCUCCUGGGAGAGAGAGGGUCGCCAGAGGGCCAGUCUAUGGAGGAAGCUGCAGAGCUAUUGAGCCAAGUUACAAUACAGGAUCGAGACCCAGCCACAGCUACGUCUUCUGCACUAACAGCCUACAGUGUACAGAAUCAAGAACCAGCUCCAAACCCCAGUCCACAGGGGGACACAGCACAGCCCACCCAGCCUGGCAUCAACAUUACCCAGGUGGGCAUGAGCAGAAGGGGAGCCCAGGGGCUCCGGGGGCUCCUCAAGGGCUACGAAGCCGGGACUAAACCUGUCUCAGUCCGGUUGAACCUUCUAGAAGGCCUAAGGAGGACCUUCACUGAAUGGAUGACUGAGGAGACUAUGAAGUUCCUAUAUGGCCCAGACCACUUUAGUAAAACACUGAUAGAAACAAAGAAGAAGGAGGAGGAAGAGGAGCUAGAUGAAGAUGACUUGGAGGACAUUGUGAAGGGUGGUGGGGAGGGACGUGAGACUGACUCCCAAGGGGGUCGAAGGCCCUUGGCCCCGGCCCCAGACUACGACACCCUACGCAGGGAGACAGAGGAGAUGGGGCUGAGGGUGAGGGAGUUCUAUGAAGGGACGAAGGAAGUCCAGCGGGUGUCAGGGAAACAACAUGCCAGAGGCGGAGACUCAGAGAACCAGGGUGGGGCACUCCCGUUGGUUGACUCCCAUGCCCAGCACCUCAUCCAGAAACGGAUUACAGUGGAGAAGCUCACUAAAGGCCUGAGAGACAUCGUGGGUCCUCUGCGUCUCACCAUGACUGACGUCUCCAGUGACCUCAACAGGCUGGUCAGAACCUUCAGGUUUACAAACACCAACAUCAUCCACAAAGGCCCAGAGUGGACCCUGAUUGCAGUGGUGCUCCUCCAUUUGUUAUCAGAGGUGUCCCCAGUGGUGCGGGAGGCCCUGGAGAGGCCGGCCUCAGUCGAUUACCUCUCUACUCUGAUGCAGGAGCUCCCACUGCUGGACCGGGACCUGCAGAGCCUGGUCCAGCUACUCAGAACCGCAGAGCUCUGUCCACACGAGCACACAGAAAAACGGCAGACAAAUCAAUGAAAGUCUAUUCUUCUUCUGGACAACAUUGUCCCCUAUUAUAAGAACUGCGGGGGAAGGGAGACGUCAGUCCGGUUAUCCUUUUUAUUUAUUUUGGUUGCUUUUUCAUUUGUUGAUUGAUUGUGUUCUGUUAUUGAGAAUUAAGAGUAAAAUAAUUACUUUCGUCUUCUCUCGGGCAAUGUACAGUGCUUGAUGUUGUUGUAGUUCCCUGAAAUGAAGACCGUGUAGGCAUACUGUAUCACUGACGAGGCUUGUUUUCAAACAUAAAUUCUUACACUAGUGCAUAGUUGAGUGAAUCUAUUGAUACAGUGAAUCUGAUGCUGUAAAUGUCUAAAUCAAAUCUUUAAAGUUUACAAGCCUCCAAUGUUUAACCCUGUGCCUCUAUACAGCCAAAUAAAAUCACUCAGGUUUUACACUUUGUCUAAAAACGUCAUGUGUUGUUGACUAUGUUGCCUAACUGUAAGAGGAUGGUGCAAUAAAAGUGAUGCUGUUUCUCCCAA